ACUUUUUAAGACAUCAACCUAAACAAGGUUUGUAUGAAAUAAAAUACUGCAGAAUUGGCAAUGUCUAAUCAGAGGGAUCCGAAUUACAGACUCCAAAUUUUAGAAAAAGAUGCAGAAACGUCUUUCCCGUUUCUUGCCUCAGAUGAAAAGUCUGCCACUAAUAGGAAUCCAGAGCCACUAGGACCAGUGCAAACGGCAGGCCAACGUCAAACGAAGAAUUGGGUCCACUUUGUUGCAGGGGGGUUUGGUGGUAUGGUUGGUGCCGUUAUCACUUGCCCAUUGGACGUUGUGAAAACCAGAUUGCAAUCAGAUGUCUACCACUCACUUUAUAACCAAACACCCAAAUCAUCUAACCCGAUAGUCAAAGCAGGACAACACUUAAAGGAAACUGGAUCAGUGUUGCGUAAUCUUUAUGUCAAUGAAGGUGUAAGAGCAUUGUUCAAAGGUUUAGGGCCAAAUCUAGUUGGAGUUAUACCCGCUAGGUCAAUAAAUUUUUUCACGUACGGUUCAACCAAAGAAAUAAUUUCAUCAAAUUUCAAUGGAGGAAAUGAAGCAGCUUGGAUUCACUUAGCGUCUGGUUUGAGUGCUGGGUUUGUCACUUCAACCGCAACUAAUCCAAUUUGGUUGAUUAAAACAAGAUUACAAUUAGAUAAAUCGAAAGGUAAACACUAUAAGAAUUCCUAUGAUUGUUUCAAGCACAUUAUGAAGUAUGAAGGUUUCAGAAGUUUAUAUAAAGGUUUAAGUGCAUCUUAUUUAGGUGGUAUAGAAUCUACUUUACAAUGGGUUUUAUAUGAACAAAUGAAAUCUUUUGUUAAUAGAAAAUCUUUUGAAACUUACGGUAAUGAUGCUUCUAAAAAAACUACCAAAGAUCAUAUUUUAGAAUGGUCUGCUAGAUCGGGUGCUGCAGGUGCUGCAAAAUUUGUUGCCUCAUUAAUUACCUAUCCUCACGAGGUUGUUAGAACUCGUUUAAGACAGGCUCCACUCGAAGCCACAGGUAAACCAAAGUAUACUGGCUUGAUUCAAUGCUUUAAAUUAGUGGUUAAAGAAGAAGGAUUAGUGAGUAUGUACGGUGGUUUAACACCUCAUUUAUUGAGAACAGUUCCUAAUUCUAUCAUCAUGUUUGGUACUUGGGAAAUAGUUGUUAGGUUGUUGUCAUGAUCGUCAUUUUUUUACGAAAUAUUUUUGUUUUAUUCAGUUUUUCAUUUUAUUGGGG